AGUAAUUGACUCGGAACCCAUUUCCCGGAGAGGAGCUGCGUUCAACAUGGUCAAAUAAUGAAGUGAGGCAUUUGAACGCUUUAUCUUCGGACGGAAAUCGGAGCGUGAGAAGAGCGAUGAGCCCACGCCAGGCGGCGGAAGCGGGGAUCUGAAGAGGAUGGGAAUGUGGACGAUGCUGUGGCUCUGCGUUUUCCUGCCCCUCGUGAGAGGGCACAGCCUCUUCACCUGCGAGCCAGUGACGGUGCCCAGGUGCACGAAGAUGGCCUACAACAUGACGUUUUUCCCCAAUCUGAUGGGCCAUUACGAUCAGAGCACUGCCGCUGUGAAAAUGGAGCACUUUCUUCCUCUUGCAAAUCUGAAUUGUUCACCAAAUGUUGAAACUUUCCUUUGCAAAGCUUUUGUACCAACCUGCACAGACCAAAUUCAUGUGGAUCCACCUUGUCGUAAAUUUUGUGAAAAAGUAUAUUCUGAUUGUAAAAACUUAAUUGACACUUUUGGGAUCCAGUGGCCUGAGGAACUUAAAUGUGACAGAUUACAGUAUUGUGAUGAGACUUUUCCUGUAACACUUGAUCCACACACAGAGAUUCUUGGUCGUCAGAAGAAAACAGAACAAGUCCAAAGAGACAUUGGAAUAUGGUGUCCAAGGCAUCUUAAGACUUCUGGGGGACAAGGCUAUAAAUUCCUAGGAAUUGACCAGUGUGCACCUCCGUGCCCCAACAUGUAUUUUAAAAAUGAAGAGCUAGAGUUUGCAAAAAGCUUUAUUGGAAUAGUUUCAAUAUUUUGUCUGUGUGCAACUCUGUUCACAUUCCUUACUUUUUUAAUUGAUGUUAAAAGAUUCAGAUACCCAGAGAGACCAAUUAUAUAUUACUCUGUCUGUUACAGCAUUGUGUCUCUCAUGUAUUUUAUUGGCUUCUUGCUAGGCAAUAGCACAGCCUGCAAUAAAGCAGAUGAGAAGCUAGAAGUUGGUGAGACGGUAGUUCUAGGCUCUCAAAAUAAGGCUUGCACCAUUGUGUUUAUGUUUUUGUAUUUUUUCACAAUGGCCGGCACUGUGUGGUGGGUGAUUCUUACCAUUACUUGGUUCUUAGCUGCAGGAAGAAAAUGGAGUUGUGAAGCCAUUGAACAAAAAGCAGUGUGGUUCCAUGCCGUUGCCUGGGGAACACCAGGUUUUCUGACUGUUAUGCUUCUUGCAAUGAAUAAGGUUGAGGGAGACAACAUUAGUGGAGUUUGCUUUGUUGGCCUUUAUGACCUGGAUGCUUCUCGCUACUUCGUACUCUUGCCGCUGUGUCUUUGUGUGUUUGUCGGGCUGUCUCUUCUUUUAGCUGGGAUCAUUUCCUUAAAUCACGUUCGCCAAGUGAUACAGCACGAUGGCCGUAACCAAGAAAAACUAAAGAAAUUUAUGAUUCGAAUUGGAGUCUUCAGUGGCCUGUACCUCGUGCCAUUAGUGACACUGCUUGGAUGUUACGUCUAUGAGCAAGUGAACAGGAUUACCUGGGAGAUAACUUGGGUCUCUGACCAUUGUCGUCAGUACCAUAUCCCAUGUCCUUACCAGGCAAAAGCAGAAACUCGACCAGAAUUGGCUUUAUUUAUGAUAAAAUACCUGAUGACAUUAAUUGUUGGCAUCUCUGCCGUCUUCUGGGUUGGAAGCAAAAAGACAUGCACAGAAUGGGCUGGGUUUUUUAAACGUAAUCGCAAGAGAGAUCCAAUCAGUGAAAGUCGAAGAGUACUGCAGGAGUCAUGUGAGUUUUUCUUAAAGCACAAUUCUAAAGUUAAACACAAAAAGCACUACAAACCAAGUUCUCAUAAGCUGAAGGUCAUUUCCAAAUCCAUGGGAACCAGCACAGGAACUUCAGCAAAUCAUGGCACUUCUGCAGUGGCCAUCGCUAACCACGAUUACUUAGGACAAGAAACUCUGACAGAAAUUCAAACCUCUCCAGAAACAUCAGUGAGGGAAGUGAGAGAAGACGGAGUGAACACCCCCAAACCAAGAGAACAGGACUGUGGGGAACCUGCCUCCCCAGCCGUAUCCAGCUCCAAACUCUGUGGGGAACAGGCUGACAGGAAAGGCCGGGCAGGCAACGGGAACGACAAGAGCAGUGUCUCUGAAAGUGCACAGAGUGAAGGAAGGGUGGCUCCAAAAACUGAUGUUACUGAAACUGGCCUGGCGCAGAGCAACAGCUUGCAGGUUCCCUGUCCUUCAGAGCCAAGCAGCCUGAAAGGCUCCACAUCACUGCUCAGUCACUCGGCUUCAGGAGUUAGAAAAGAGCAGGGCGCUGGCAGUCACUCAGAUACUUGAAAACCAGGUUCUCCCGUCACUUAGAAGCGUAAGUGUGUCACACUGGAGGCGGCCAGUGCACCGUCACAUAAGAACCACUAUUACAGUCUUCUUUUGUACUUAAAGUUGCAUUGCCUGGUGUUACACUGGAAACAAGAAAUGCUGGGAAUAAUAUGAUUCAUUUCUCAUAGAGGUUAAUGACAACAAUAUCUGGAAAACAGAAAAGUGCAGGUUAAUAAUAUUUUUUAAAUUGUGUGGGAGGAGGGAGUUAGAGGAAUCUUCCUUUUUUUAUUUAUGAAGAUUCUGCUCUUGUUAAAAGUAUUUUAAGGUGUACAAUGCUAUUUUACUUUUAUGAUAUAAAAUCAAGAUUUUUCUUUGCUGAAGUAUUUAAAACUUAUCUUUACAUCGUUUUUAUAUAUUUGAAAAUAAGUUUAUAUGUAUUUGAACUUUUUUAAGAUAUCCUGGAAAAUCUACUCAAAUAUUUUAUUAUGUUAUCUGAUAUCUUAUUUUCAUACUACUUUGGUAGCUUUUACACUGAAUUGCUAAGAAAAUUGAAAAAUAGUAUUCUUUUGUAGUAUAUAAAGAGUUGGCACACCAGAGGUGUCACAAUGGGAAUUCAACUAAAAAAUCCACUUACCGUCUUCAGUAUGUGAAUUUCACGUCUCAUUGUUUUAGUAGUGUCACAGCUCUGUUACACAACUGAAAUAAGGUGCUCAUUGCAAGAGUGAUUAAUGUUGUUUAUAUUACGUUGCUUGCUGAUCCUUCUGCAUUUUAAAAAUAAAAUGUCCUGCAGGAUUAGUAGAUGGGCUGUUACUCUUCUAUAAAUUAAGCCAAGUGCAAUUGAUUUUCUUUUUUUAAUGUUUCAUGCCCACCCAGGAUUGUGUUGUUAUGACCACUACAGUUGCUUAUACUUUUGUCUUUUAACAUUUAGAAUACUACAAAAUGUUUGUAUUUGUGCAGUAUCUUUUUCAGAUAUUAUGUAGAAUUCGUUUCUGUAGCUAAAUGGGAUUUUGCUGAACAUGAAAAAAGUGUGUUAGCAAUAUUAGUGCCAAUCAAAUGGAAAAAAAUGUAGUCCUGAUAAAAUAAAUUAAAUUUCAUAUAAUAUACUUUAAAA